GUGUGUCUCUCCCUUCGGCUCCCACGUCCCACGUAUUAUAACCUUGUUACCCCCACAAUUUCUGUGUCAACUUGGUCGAGCCAUUUCCAUUGAUUUGUUCCUUUAUUUUAUUCGUUCGUGUUCCUUGUGUUCAAGUCGCCAUGGCGAAGAAUCAAGUGGCCAGUUGGACAGAGGCGAGGGACCAAUUGCGGACCUGGAGGGAGAACUCCGACCGAAAGAGUCGGGAAAUCGUCACUCUCUGGGACUCGGUGUUAAUGAACAAAGUGGAUAACCUCGGGAAUGAGAAGUACCUAGUGUUGGAGCAGGUAUGUGUGGCCGCCCUGGACUGCUAUCGUCUGCCCCUCGCCGAGUACUGCAUAAAAAUAUUGAUGAGAGACUUCCCAGGGAGUCUCAGGGUCCACAAGUAUCAUGCAAUGCACUUGGAAGCGCUGGAAAUGUAUACAGAAGCCUUGGAGGUUUUGGACUCUAUAGUGAAACGUGAUGAGACAAACGCAGCUCCCAGGAAGAGGAAGGUUGCUAUUUUAAAAGCCAGAGGGAAAACAGCUGAAGCAAUCAAGGAACUCACUGAUUAUCUCAAGAUGUUCAUGAGUGAUCAGGAAGCCUGGCACGAACUCUGUGAUCUCUAUCUACAGGAGCAGGAGUAUUCGAAGGCUGCUUUCUGCAUGGAGGAGUUGAUCCUCCACAAUCCCCACUGCCACUUGAUUUUCCAGAGAUAUGCAGAGAUUAAAUAUUCGCAUGGGGGAUUCGAGAACAUGGAAAUAGCUAAAUCGUAUUUCGCUCAAGCUGCCAAGCUGAAUCCCAACAAUAUACGAGCACUUUAUGGAUUACUAUUGACUGCCAACAACAUCGCAUCAUCCCCGAAAUGUCCCGCUUCAAAAAAACGAGAGGCAAUAAAAUCGAGUGAAUGGGCCUCAGCACAGAUAGAAAAGCAGUACAAAAUGAAAUCAGCAGAUGACAACAGUCUAAAAACUGUCGAGGGUCUGCUCAGCCAACUGCAACUCGACGUCUGAGACGACACUCUAGUCUAGCCGCAAUUUGUAUCUUUUUAAAGAACCAGAAUAUGAAUUCAUCAAUAGAUAGUGAUUUGUAUAUUUGUUCAAAUAACUGUAAUAUAUGUGUAAAUGCCAUAUUUAUGUGCAUCACUAAUUAUGCACGAAUAUCUCGACGAGGAACUUGCACUGUUCCUCUCACGAAUAACGUAUCAAGGGAAAUCAAUAGUGAAGUGAUUCACAAAUAGGUUCAAAAUCAAUUAUACAUGAAUUGUUUCGUGAAUAUGCCAGAAAGUGUCAAAUUCUAUGAGACAUUCUCCAACUUCCUCACAACUUUGUUGAAAAUUAGAUAAUUAACGUCAUUUUAAAAUUGGGAAGCAAUCGUCAUCACAUUCCUGAACAAUAAAUUAUCACGAUAUUUUAGUAGAAGAGAAGAAAAAUGUAUCCAUUAUAAAAAUGUCUACGAUUAUUUAUUGAAAUACGUUGAUUAUAUUUCUAAGAUAAUUGGUUCAUUCUGAAAUGGAACAAGAAUGUUGACUGUGUGACUUCGGUAGAAGUCGAGAAAUCGUUGUAACUCAUCCUGAGACAAGUUACAGAAUGCAAUUGAAGUAAAUUACACAAUUAAAUGUUUGUUAUUAUCAUAAAAA